AUGUUUAAAGAAUUUUUUAAGUUCGGCCAGAAAAAUACCAAUUCUCACCCAAAUGAACAAAAUGAAAGUAAUGAGAUAUAUGGAGGAGACUUCAUCGAAAGAUACGAAUCUAAGGAAGAAUGCCUGGACCUUAAUACACCUUCUACAGAAAGUGCAACAUCGAUUUCCACGCAUAAUAAAGACCUCAAUGAUAAUGUUAACGAAUCAAGAAAGCAAAUGGAUCAACAUAUAAAUAAUGCAAAUUUAAAGGAAAAUCCAAAGAAUAUGAAUAUGUAUGAUAAAACCUUUCUGAAGAGCUUUCUGGAUUUAAAAGAAGAGUUAAAUUCAUCUCGUGAACAACUACAAAAUCAUAAACGAAAACUCGAAACAAAAGAUGAUGAAAUAUUAAAUAUUCGUAAAAAUCUCGAAACAAGAGACAAUGAAAUUUCAAAUAUUCGUAAGGAUCUCGAAGCAAGAGACAACGAAAUAUCAAAUCUUCGUAAAGAUCAUGAAGUAAGAGACAAUGAAAUAUCAAAUAUUCGUAAGGAUCUUGAAGCAAGAGACAACGAAAUAUCAAACCUUCGUAACGGUCUCGAAACAAGAGACAACGAAAUAUCAAAUGUUCGUAAAGAUCUCGAAGCAAGAGACAACGAAAUAUCAAAUCUUCGUAAAGAUCUCGAGGCAAGAGACAACGAAAUAUCAAGCCUUCGUAAAGAUCUCGAAGCAAAAGAUAACGAAAUAACAAGCCUUCGUAAAGAUCUCGAAGCAAGAGACAACGAUAUAUCAAGCCUUCGUAAAGAUCUCGAAACAAAAGAUGACGAAAUAUCAAACGUUCGUAAAGAUCUCGAAGCAAAAGACAAAGAUCUCGAAACAAGAGACAACGAAUUAUCAAAUCUUCAUAAAACUAUCGAAGAUUUGAAAAAUGAGGCCUCAAGGCAUCAAUCCGCUUUGGGUAGAGCAACAAAUUUUCGACUGAGUGAUGAUGAUUGUAACAAUUCGGUUCAACUUAGAGAAGACAUUACAUAUUUGCAAAAAAACAUAAAAGAUUUCUGCAUAGUCAAACCUGGUAUAGACAUUAAUGAGACGGAAGCAAAGAACCUUUUGCAACAAUAUGGAUGUACCGAAUUCACGGAUGAGGAAAACUUUAAAUCACUUCUCAAGGCAGCACUUCAGCGAUGUGUUCUCGAAACAAUCUUAAAAUUAACCCGCGAAUAUUUUCAAUUAACAAAGAAUGAAGGCGAAAAUAUAAAUGAAAGAUUACUCGAAACUUGUAUAGUAUUUGAAGCAAACAGUUUAAUAAAUAAAAUGAAAAAUUUUGCUAAUUUUCGGGAAGGUGAUGAUGAUGUAACCAAAGCAUUGCCUGUCAAACUCCGUCAGCAAAUCUAUGCAGUUCUUGGAAACCGCGGAUUUUCCAAAAUUUUAUCUGAAGAUACGGAGCACCCAUUCAUUAAUGAUAUUCAACAACAACUUAUCGAAAAGAUGGAUAGCUUUCGAACAGUAAAUGAUCCUGGCAAAGCAACAAAAUUGAAUAGCAUGGUAGCAAAUAUUAUUCGUGAUGUUAUUAGAAUUUUCUUUUUCCGACUAAAAGUUCAAGAACCUGAAGCUGAUCCACCUCGUUGGUUUGAACACAAUGAUCAAGUUAAUCCGGAAUUGAUGAAAGGAACAUUUGAUCAAGAUUCGGAUUGUCAAGAUUUGUUACAAAUUUGCUCAUUUCCGUUAAUAGGUAUUGACUUGGAUGAUGAAAAAAAGCGAAAAAUACUUAUCCCUGCUAUAGUACAUACAGAAACAAGAUUGUAA